UUGGGGACUGGGGACUGGGCAGCGAUGGAAUGCAGGGAUGCCAGGUUGCCCAACUGGUCCGAGAACACUCGAUUCCCGCAGAGGCCAACGCAUGCGCCGAAUGGCACGCAGUUCGCAGUUCGGCUAGGGCGGAAACGCUUUCCGGUGUAGAUAUACCAGAAAUAUUUCUGCUCUUCUGCCGUUAUGCUGCGGCGGUGGCUGCUGGCUUCUGAAAGCUGAAAGCUGAGUGCAAAGUGGUCGAGUGUUGGUCGUCGCAAAGCGUAUCGAACGAAUUUUAAAGACGGUAGCACACACAUUCGAACACGGCUGACACGGUGUCGCAGCACAGCCAUUGAGCUUUAGGAAACCCAGAGGAAAACAGCAGGAUGUUGAUCCGCUGGAAGAGCAAAGACAAGAGCGCCUCUUCCAACCAGAGUGCCUGCGGUAGCAGCUCCUCUUCGAAAAAGAAGCGCAAAGGUCGCGAGGGCGAAGAAGACUGGCAGAAUGAUGGGAAAUCAGGUCGCCUACCGCCAAACGAGCAGGGAGGCGGCGAUGAACGACGACGGGCCAUGCGACGCGACGAUCCGCGGCGCCACACGCUCGGUGGCGAUAUGUUGGUCUACGGUGGCUCUCAGCAUCCCCAUGCCCAUCAGAUGGCGCCCCAACAACAGCGAGCCAUGGAUCUGGAGAUGAGCACGCGAGCCCAGAAGAACAAGAAAAACCAGCCGAUGCGGGGAUAUGCGCCUGUGAACCAGGGACCGCUGUUCGACGACGAUCCGGGCAUCAUGUCGGAGGUGGAAACGGCCAGCACCGGAUUCCGGAGGGGCGGCAAGCAGCGCUCCUCGCUCCCCGUGGUACGCACGCCAUCCAAGACGCUGGAGCGGCCGUUGGGCUUGGUUUUCCUGCAGUACCGCUCGGAGACGAAGCGCGCCCUGCUGCCCAACGAGAUCACCUCGAUCGACACGGUGCGCGCCCUGUUCGUGCGCUCGUUCCCGCGCCAGCUGACCAUGUCCUACUUGGAGGGGCCCAAUGUGAAGAUCUACAUCCACGACGCCAGCAAGGACAUGUUCUACGAGCUGGAGGAUGUGCGCUCGCACCUGCGCGAAAUACGCGACCGCUCGGUGCUGCGCCUCUUCGAGUCCACCGAGGUGGCGGCCCCUCCGCAGAUCCUGCCCGGCGGUCCCGGCAUCCCACAGCCCCUGCCGCAGGCGCAGGCCAACUGGGACCAGGACCAGAGCUACUUCAGCGAACCGGAGUUCGACUCGGACUACAAGCACCAGCACAUCCACAAGUCGAAGAUUGGCAAGCAACCGGCGCCCUACUACGUGGGCUCGUCGCAAACCCUGCCCCGUGGGAUGUACUCGUCGGAACGGAACAAGGUGUCGAUGGACGGCUACACAAGUUCUCCGGAGCGCAGCAGCCGCGGCAAUUACGAGGAGCCGUACUACAGUCAGUACGGAACGAGGGGUACUGUGGUGGCCCCCAUCAUUGACGAGGAGCAGAGCGACGGAACCAUGACGGAGGAUCAGUACGCACUGUACGGCAUCAAGGUCGGACCCAAUCGACUGGCGCAUCGCGGAAACCAGAUCUACGAUCCCACUAGGCCAGAAGACCUGCAUCGGAUUCGCGUGGAGCACAUGGAACGGCAGCUGGCCAACCUCACGGGACUGGUGCAAAAGGCGCUGGUCAACCAAAACCCCCAGAUCGCCCCGCUGGCCGUGCCCACCCUGGAUCCCAACUAUCUGGUGGUGCCAUCGCAGAUGCAAGCAAACGGCUCCGGGGACGAGCUGUACAUUCGGGAGAAAGCUCCCAAGCUGGGCAAGAACUCGUGCCAAAAAUCCGUGUCCUUUGAGAAGUCCGUCUCGUUUAGCGAUGACAUUCAGGGAAUACCAAAGUCGCACAAUCCUCUACAUGCCGCUGAAACGAAGCCAACCAAACCGGCAAUCAAGUCGUCCACCCUUCCACGCACCUCGUCGCAAGAGCGCGACAGAUUGAAGCCGCCGCCGCCGCCGAAACCGAUCGUGCUGGCCCAGACCGCCCAUCCCAACUACCGGGCGGACAUCGCACUGGCCCCCGAGGUGUACAACCACCUGCGCGGCCUGCAGAAGAAGGCCAAGGACCUGCGCAUGGAGGUGCGCACCCUGCGUCGCCUGUCGCAGGCUCAGGCCGUGGCCGUUCGCGAGGACAUCAAGGGCACCUUCAUGCGGAUCCGGGCUACCUUGUUGGCCAGCAGCGGCAGCUUCUGGGACCACCAGGGCGACCAGGACGCCACUCGCAUUUCGCGCGAGGAGGAGCUCUACAAGCAGGAGGUCAUUCGUCUGGAGAAGGACCUGAGCGAUCUGGAGGGUUCGGUGGAGAACCUGCGCGGUGAGGUAAUCAACCGACGCACCCGGGUCAAUAUGACCGCUGUGGAAGACAUGGCUCUGGUGCUGAGCCGUGCCAGCAAAACCGUCGCCGAACUGAAGCUCAAGUUCCCGGCCCUCUCGAAUGGCUUGCGCUGCAUCCUGUCCAACGAGAUGGAGAAGGUGGUGCGCGAAGAAAAGUUCCUCAAAGAAGAGCCCGACCGCUUGGAGUCGGCGCUGCGUCGCUGCAAGAAGCUGACCGGCACACUGGUGACGCUCAAACGCUUGGCCAGCGUGCAGGAGCAACGUCUGCCGCCCAACGAGCCGACUAUUAGUGAGGAGCCCCCGCGAUCGGCGGACAUCUCGGCGCCUGACAAGCCAAUCCCAACACCCAGGAUGGGGUCGUUCGCUCUCAGCGGGGGACUCGCACCCGAAAACGCGCUCGAUGCUCUGCUAGAUGAGCUCAAGACAUUCUCCAAGCCCAUUGCCCAACAGCAACAACAACAGCAGCAGCAGCAGCAGCAGCAACAACAGCAACAGCAGCAACACCAGCAACUAUACGAGAUUCGCCCCGAAGAUUCGGCAUCCGAUGAGAGCGCACAGGCCGCAGUACAAAGCACCGUCACCACGCAAAUAUCGCAGGCCCGUCUCUACACGGAGGCGAGCGUCAACGUGCAGCAGGCGACCACCGGCAGCAUGGUCAUCGCUGUCGCCUCGGGCAACGUGCUGCCGGCCCAAGCUCAGCGCGGUGUGCUCACCCACCAGCUGUCCCAGUCACAAUCGCACCAUCAGCAGCAGCAGCAUUCGCAGCAGCAGCAGCAGCAACAGCAACAACAGCAGCAGCAACAACAGCUGAUGGUGCACACCAACAUGGGCAGUCUGCGGCGCCUGCAUUCGUACCCCAGCGAAUCGGAGGGCGAGCUGUCUGGACCGCCGACUGGUCCGCGGGCCAGCGAGACGACCAUCCUGGCAAACGGCGGCAACGGAAGCGGCGGCAGCGGCAGCAGCAACAAGCCACCCGUGCCCGAGCGAAACGCCGAAUUGAUCACUAAGGUGGGCCACAAGCGCAUCCCGCCACCUCCGCCGCCACGCACCAGCUCACGCAGUCCACUGGCCAGUCCAACCAGCCCGAACGUGCCACAGAGCCUGGCUGCCACUGGGGCCACCCCGGCCAACGUCAAUUCGAAUGCCAGUGCCACGGGGGGAGGAGGUGCGAGUGACCUUCCGCCCGUUGUCGCUGGCGACACCUCCAGCGGGGACAACUCGAGCGGCAACGAGUCCGGCAACGAUCACGUGCAGCGACAGGUGGCCCUGGAGAUGCGCCACCAGGAGCUGCUCAAGAAGCAGAAGCUGCUCCAGGAGCAGUACCAGCGGCUGCAGCAGAUGAGCAAGCUGCCCUCGGUGGACGUGGCCUGUCCCUCCUGGGGGCAGGAAAUGGCCGGUGGCAGCGGCAGCAGCGGCGGGGGCAACACGCUGCGCAAGCUGGGCAGCGAGAGCAACAUCCAGCAGAAGAUCGCCGCACUGAGCUUGGCCUGCGAGGCCAGUGGGGCCGCAGCUGCGGCGGCGGCGGCGUCUGCUGCUGCUGCCGCUGCUGCUGCUUCUGCGGCCACCAACGGUGUGCUGGCCAGUGAUGCUACGAGCGGUGCGAUCGGAGGUGGCGGUGGCGGCGGCAGUGGUGCUGCUGGCGGUGGUGGCAAUGGCGCAACUCCAGGGGCGGCUGGUGCAGGCGCUGCUGCUGCGAACUCCUCAAACUCGAAUCUGAACUUGAACUCCCAACACCAAACGGCGACUGCCACGACGACCACCAAACAGCUGUACGAGACCGAGAUACUUUAACACAACUGGAAAUUGGCGUGGAACGAGGCUAAAAUUGACAUUUAAUCAGAGGCGGGCGCGGUGUUGCAUAUGCAGCCAAUGAAGCUUCAUCUUAGGUUGAAUGAAGCUGCCCCAUUAUUUGCAUGGAUUACGAUUCCGAUUUUGAAAAGGCAGCAAUGCUACGACUCAUAGACUUAAUCGUACGCUGGACAAACCCGAACCCGAACCCGAACCCGAACCGAACCGAUAGCUAUCCUUGGAAGAAUAUUACCACACAAACAUCUCUUUUGUUUGUUAGGGCGAGCAGUACAGUACACACUGUUCAUGUAUUUACUAUCAUCUAAUUGUCGUACAUAAAUGUGUGUUUGCACAGCUCCAGCAUCCAGUGUACGUUAGGUAUUGUCUGUGAGAACGCAACACGCAAAUGAUUGGAGGAAAAACAAAAAAAAAAAAAAAAGAAAAAAAAGAAAGAAAGAAAAAAAAAGGGAAAAAAAAGAAAUUGAAUCGAAUCACAAAUCAAAAUCCCGAUUGUAUAAUGCGUAAUCACACCGUUUGUGCACCCCCUAUAAAAAAUCGGGCAUAGGAUUAUGUAUAGCAUACUAUAGCAUACCUAUGCACCAGCGUAAACAGACCCAGAUGAAUGUAUUUAUGUAUGUAUUCGCUUACAUUGAUGUACUUGUUGCAUGUUGUGUUUUUGUUGUUGUUUCGAUGAGAUUGCACAUAUGUAGGUCAAGAGAGCAGAGGAGGAGAAGCGAUGAUCAAAGCCCGAAAGUUUCCCAGUCUGACAUUGAGAUUGGGGAAACCCAAAAUGUUUUCCCGCACACAAACACCAAAACAGAAAAACUCGAGCACUCAGCUCCAUAUCCAGCUCUAUAUCCAUCUGUGUGGACGGAUGUGUCGGCACCCCUUGACCCAAAAACCCGGUAGCCAGGCACCGGAACCUGGCCACCAUAACAGCAACACCACGAUUACACGCAAAGAAAACUCCCAUGCAUUGAGGACAGAGCACGACGACACACAAUAUAUUAAUACAACAGUCGUUCGAACACACAAACCGAUUAACGCGAUCAACUAUUAUGCAUAUGUACAGGUCUACGUAUGUACUUAAAAUAUGGCAUAGAUUUUUAUUAUUACCUUGGUAUGGGAAGUGAGACUGAUAGUUUUAUAUAUGUAGCUCAUCAAGAUACAAUAUGGAAUACGAAACGAACGAUGAUAAUAUUGUACUUAUUUUGUUAAAAGGUGACUAGCUAAUUUUAUCCCCCCCACAAGAAAGCCAAAAGCACUCCCCCCGUUCCCCCUUCCCCUUAAGAGAUAGAGGGGCCUUGAGCUCGUUAUUCUUGGUGGGAAAUUCCGGAGAGUGUACGAAACGAAGCGCUUCGGACUACCGACGAUUUUAUUGUUUACAACAAUAGCACCUAAAAACGGGUUAAAGAAAUGCAAAUGCAAAUAUCUCUAGACACAUGCAUUUAGCGCAACAACUACACGCAACAUCGAACCCCUAUAUCCCCGAUAUAUCCAUGGUAGAUCUCGGGCAUUGCCCGAUCACAACGACAUACGAACUGACCACGAACAACUACCCAUUGUUUCGCCCUUCCAGGCCUUCAAGUGCUUGGCAGUCGUCAAGAGAUCUGAACUGUAUGGGCUUAUAGCUUUUUAACAGAGUUAAAAAUAAUGUGUUUGGACUGUUUGGAACUUGCACUCGGAUGCACAGACAUAGAUUUUUUAUUCCACUGCGCUCGGCCAGUACCACACACUUCAGUAUUAUAGGCUAAUUUACUUUGAAAUUAAUUGUAACACACACACACACAGAAAUUAUGACAAUUUGUCGCACCUCUGCCACAUUUUUAUAUCAAUUAAAUACACAUACACACAUUCCUUGAAAUGUUCACCUUUGGCAGUCGAAAUGCAGUUCGGUUUGUCGAUCCCCCGAUCGUUUGUGGAAACUAAUGUAUCUGCUGAACGGAACGGAACGGAACUACGACAAGUGUUUUAGAGUAAUAUCAAACAGCAUAGGAAAAAGAUACGACGAACGUACUUGUAUCUGCUACUUAUAUAUGUAUAAAUUCAUAGCUCUAUUAUAUGUAUAUCCAAUAGCUCAAAUACACCUUUUCCAGACUUUUGCUGAUCGUAGUCUAUGGUUAGCCAUAUCUUUUUUAGCAAGAGGCCCAAAGUCCCUCGGUCCGGUGCAAUAGACUUGAGUUGAAGACAAAAAUGCGUGCUCAAGACAUCACAUAUACACAAAGACAAAUAUUUACCUAAGUUAGUAGACUUGAAUUGUUUAUUUAGCGCCAUUCGACGAAUAUGUAUAACAUAUAUAUUUACAUGCAAAACCACGCAACGAAUACACAUUUAAAAGAACAUAUAUACAUACGAUGCAUACGAUGAUUACGAAGAUAAUAAAUAACGAACUAUGCGAAGAGCAGUGUUUAAAGGUCCCCUAAAUAAACGAACUCAAGAUAUUUACAUAAGUAUUAAGAGUCACACGAGUGAGCGAGGCGGCGUGAAUGAUAUCGUACACCUAAUAUAUUCCUUAAAAGGCACACCCCACACACUCUCACCACACACCACAAAAUCAGCAAAGCACACACACACUCCACUCAUCUACACACCUACAACACAGGUAUUUAAAAUCAAUCUCAAAGCCCCUGCCCGACUGACACAAAAAUGAGGUGCAGAAUGCAACAUUCGGAAGAGUUAGAAGUGUGUAUUUUUUUCCUAAUAAUAAUUAUUCUAUUUAAAUCACAACAAACCACAACAAUAAAUAUCAUUCGUAAAAUUGA